AAAAAAACUUCAGAAAUUGAUUGAUAACCACAAGAAUACAAUCAAUAAAGUUGGUAAUAAUGGUAAAACAACUUUGCAUUGGGCUGCAGAAAAUGGUUACAUAACUGUUACUAAGAUGUUAAUCAAGAAGCUAAUUAAGAGCAAUGCUAAAGUUGAUACUAUUAAUAAAAAUAAUAAAACUGCUUUACAUUGGGCUGCAGAAAAUGGUUAUGGAACUGUUGUAAAGACAUUAAUACAAAAUAAAGCCAAUAUUGAUGCUAUUAAUAAAAAUGAUAAAACAGCUUUGCAUUGGGCUACAGAAAAUGGUCAUGAAACUGUUGUAAAGACAUUAAUAGAAAGUAAUGCCAAUAUUGAUGCUAUUGAUAAGUGUCAUAAUACACCAUUACUUUAUGCAACAAAAGUGUACCAUGAAGAAAUUAUUGAAAUUUUAAUGCAUUAUGGGAUUGAUAUUAAACUUGUUAAUAAUGAAAAAGAAAAUACUUUACACCUUGCUGCUACUGCAGAAAAUCUAAAAAAUAUUAAUGAUAAAGAUGUUAAUAAAAAGACAGCAUUAAUUAGGGCAACAGAAAAUAAGCAUAUAGCAGUAGUCAAAUGCUUAUUAAAAGAACAAGCUAGAACUGAAAAAGGUUUUAAUGAUCAACAUUACAUUCCUAUUUAUUUUGCUGCAACAAAAAAAUACACAAAUGUUGUUAAGUUAUUAUCAAAACAAGAGACUGACAAUAAUUUAAUAUUACAUUAUACUGUGGGCAAUCUUGAAAAUAUUAAAUUUUUAUUAGAAAAUAGAGUAAAUUCCAACAAUAUUAUCAAUGAAAAUAACAAAACACCACUACACUGGGCUGCAUUUAAAGGUGAUGAAGAUAUAGUAAACUAUUUAAUGAAAAACCAUAUUAAAUUAGUUAAUAUUACUGACAAAAAUAAAGAGACAGCAUUGUAUGAAGCUGUUUGGAAUGGACAUAUAAAAAUUGUUGAACUUUUUUUAAAAAAUGAUAUGAAUAUUGAUAUGAAAAAUGUAAAUGGUUGGAACCUAUUGGAUAUAGCUGCAAUUUCUUUUCAAAUUAAAGUUUUUAAGCUUUUGAGAAAUGAAGUAAAUAGUUUACAAUUAGAGAAUUUUUUUGAUCAAUUGGAUGAUCAUAAAUUAAAUAAUUAUUCCAAAUUUAAACUUACUUAUUAUUCUAUACCAGAGCUAGUUAAAAGAUUACAAAAUUUAGACAGAUUACAAAAUUUAGACAAUUAUAAUAAUAUUAAUUUUAUCUUUUUUUAUCAAUUUAUUCUAAAGCAUAUUGAAAAAUAUGCAAAAAGUCUUGACAAUGAUAAAAAUGAAUACAAGGAAACACUUAGUUAUCUAUAUACUCAUACUCUUAGCAAAAUUUGUAAUCUUAAAUUUGGAUCAGAAUCUAAUUUAAUAAUUAAUAUCAAGGAAUAUUUAGAUAUGGUAGAAAACGAUAUUAAAUUAUUAGAUAAUUUAUUAAUUAAUGAAACAGAAGGAUUAAUAGAAAAUACUGAGAUAAACAAAUUAACUCUAGAAGAUAAGCAAGAAGAAUUGAAAAAUAAAAUUAUAUUAAAACAAACUUUAGGAAUUUUAAAAAUUGUAGGCCAAACAAUGAAUAUUGUUGGUGGUCCAAUAGAAGUAGCUGGUGAUUUAAUAAAAGGAGAAACUAAUGUAGCUGAAGCAUUUAUUUCAAACAAUAAUUAUAAGCCAAAGUUUGAAAUCUCUUCAGAUAUAAAAAAUACUUUAAAGCAAAUAGAAGAACCACAUAAAGAUAAUAAAUAUCAGACAAAUAUUGUAGAGCAACAAUUACAAAAAUUAACUGUUAAGUCAUUUGAAUUAUUUUACGAAUAUAAACAUGAUAAUAAAAAACUUGAUGAAAUAGAUAACUCAAUAAAACAAGCAGAAGAAAAUGAAAUAGAUGCAAAAUUACAUGCUUUCCUUGAUUUAACUAAAUGGAAAAAAAUGUCAGAAGGAUUUAAAGCACAAGAAGAUAUAACCCAUUAUAUAGAAAUAGUAAAAAAAGGAAUGAAUACUCUUAUCAAUAUGUAUAAUCAUAUACAAAAUUAUAGUGAUCAAUCAAGGCUUUCUAACUACAUUGCACAUAUCAAUUUACAAAAAUUGAUUAAAAUAAAGAAUGAUGAAUUGAAAAAACAUAUUGAAGAACUAGAGCUAACAAUAAGAACCAACAUUAUAAUUAGGCAUUUUAGAAGGGCUAUAACUGCAUUCAAACAAUGGGUAUUUCCAUAUGCAUAUAAGUAUUCAGACAUAUUAAAUUUACAGUUAGAUAAUAAUGCUAUAAAUAUGUUAGUUGAUAAUGCUAUAAAUGUUAAUAACAUUAUAAAACAUCUAGGAAACCUUAAAUCAAAAGUUGAAAGUUAUUACAUAUAUAUUAAAGAUGAUGACCAAUUUUUGAUGAGUGAAGAAUUUAAUAGUAAAGAAACACAACCAUUUUUUGUAUGGGAAGCCAAAGAAUAUCGUAAAGAAAUAUCAGAACUGCUAAGAAGAGAUAAAAUAACUGUAAAGGCAGAUAUAAUUAAAACCAAUUCUAAAAAAAAUGCAAUCAAAUUUAGUGAGAUAGGUAUCAGACUUAAAUCGAAAAAUGUAGAAAUACAAAAUAAAAUUAACAGUGAACUAAAUGAACAUUUUAAAAAAAUAAAGCUUGAUAAACUUCAUGAUAAAGUAGAUUAUAAUAAGCUAAAGAUUUAUAAAACAGAAGUUGAUCUAGAGUUGGUAGAGCAUGUUAAAUAUAUUAAUCAAGAUGGUAAUAAUGCUUCAAAUGAAGUAGAAAAAUAG